AUGGUGGUAGAUUCCCAGACCGCGACAGGAGCACCUGAAACACCAUGUCGUGAAGCAUGGACAGAUGCCCAGCCCCGGGAGUCACCUGUCUAUUACUCACCGCGUUCACUGCCUGGUGCUUCGGCUGAGGUUGGCACACCACAGGUGAAGCUGCCCGAUGCCGAAGGAGCUCCCGAGCAAGCUGUCCUGUGCACGCCCAAGGAAGCUCAGAUUCCAGCUCCCAAUGAAGAGUCUGAUGUGGGAGAUUCUGCAUCAAUUGCCCCAGAACCAGAAUCAAAGCGUAAGAAGAUCAAGCAAAUGCUGGCCGAACAUGGGACCUUUACUGCUAUGGAGAUUCAGUUGAAGAAGAUUCACCAGAAGGAGAGGUCGCAAACCGUGGGAGGUGGUUGGUGCUCUGAGACUUUUCUCCGUACGGAGAAGAAGUGGGACAAGCAGAUGAUAGCCUCUGCCUAUGCAUGGGCUGAGAAAAACGGACGGAAGAGGGUGAACCCAGUCCAUGGAAAGUGGGAGAUACAGUUGGUCCUUGACGACACAUUUGAGCUGAAGAACAAGGAAGUGGAGGAAACCGAACGGUCAGGAGGUCUCACAGUUGAGGAUGAAGAGGGAACACUCUUUGACUCCGAGAUUCCAGAUGUUACCCAGCCCAUGGCAGCCUUGCCAGCGGCACCAGCUGGAGAUGGCAAAGAUGUCACCUCAAGUGUGGGAAAUGCAUCUGCUGUUAUGAGCUUCAAGCUUACGUUCCCGACUGUGACUGCAACAACCACUCCGUUGCAAGUCUUGCCACAGUUUGUUCAAGUGCUCGGACAAAAGAUUGACAAAGUCCAAGCUGAAAUGGACCGUUUUGCAGAUGUUGCUCGAUGUGUUCACUAG